ACAACAACUUAGUUUCCACAAUGACACCGCUUCUGUUCUUGAUCCUCCUCACCCACACCGCUCUCGCCGACUUCUGGGACGACCGCAACACCCUUCUAUCAAACGAAGCCUCUCAACUCCUCGGAUCGUCAAUCCAACUAACCGAAGAUGAGCAAAAAGUAAACGACAUUCUAAUGAACCUCAAAUUCCAAGAAUACGACGAGGGUUUCUUGGAUCCGUCAAAAUUUUUGCCCUCGAUUCACUUCUUUCAUUCGAAAGCGGCCAUCGAGCAAUCCGAGGUGUUCAAGUUCAUCCAGAAGGUACCAAAAGGAGCGUCUCUGCACUCCCAUUCUAGCGCUAUGUUGAGUUUUGAGGCUCUCUUCAACUUGACUUACAUGGAGGGGUUGUAUGGGUGUGACGACAAUGGAACGUUUAGACUGUACUUUUUUUUCGGUGGUGUUAACGACGAUUGUGAGUGGAGGUUGUUGUCGGAUUGGCGAAACGAAGAUUCUGGGUUUGAUGAAUUUCUUACAAGUAAGAUGACGCUGGUUGUGGACGAUCCGGUGGGUACUUAUGGUGAUAUUAAUGCUGUUUGGAGCACCUUCCAGGGGAUUUUUGGGUUUGUGUCACCUCUGUUUGACUACAGGCAGUUUUUGCACGACUAUUUGUACCAAGUGCUUCAGGAGUUCAACGACGACAACGUCAAAUACUUGGAAAUUAGAGGAGGAUUCGGGGAGACUUUUGAUUCAAAUAACACCAUCUAUGGACCUUUGGACACAGCUCAACUGUACAUAGAUACACAGCGAGAAUUUCUCCAAAACAAUCCCGACUUUGCCGGAAUUCGAAUCAUCUAUUCUAAAUCCAGACGGGUCAGUACUGACACCAUGGACACCUACAUUUCCAACUACUUCGACUUACGAGCAGCCCAACCCGAUCUGAUCGCCGGCUUCGAUCUAGUCGGUCAAGAAGACCUCGGGGAACCCCUUUCUGUGUUUGCAGACCAACUAGCAACGAUUGCCAACCAAACAAAAUUUUUCUUCCACGCUGGAGAAACCAACUGGUACGGAGCAACCGAUCUUAACCUAGUCGACGCCAUCUUGCUCAACACGAGUCGCAUCGGUCACGCUUUCGCCAUUACGAAACACCCAGAAGUACUCAGAGUCGUCAAGGAGAAAAACAUAGGACUCGAGUUGAAUCCAAUAUCUAAUCAGGUUUUGAAACUGGUUGAUGAUCUUAGGAACCAUGUGGGUGCUUAUUUGAUUGCGAAUGGGUACCCGGUGGUGAUCACGUGCGAUGACCCGAGUUUCUGGGGGUCGAAGGGGUUGAGCUACGACUGGUAUAUGGCUUUUAUGGGGAUGACCCCUCGGGAUGGCGAUCUGCGGAUUUUGAAGCAGCUGGCGUGGAAUUCUUUGCUUUAUUCGUCGUUGAGCGAAGAGGAUUUGGUGUAUGCUAUAGAGUUGCUGACAGGUUGGUGGGAUGAUUUUAUAAACGAGAUUCUUGAAACGUAUCAGUGAAGUGUGGUAAUCUUAUCGAUGUUGUCGACAAGGUUUUGGAGUGCUCGAUUUAGAAAAGUUGUGUUUCGAGGUCGUAAUAAAUGCUUCCAAGUAUAAACAA